CCCGCCCCCGGUGCCGCCAUGCCAACCCCGGGGAGCCCCCGCACCCCCUGGCUGGUGGGCCUGGCCCUCACCCUGCCCGCCCUCCGGGCCCCGGGGGUCGCCCGGCCCCCGCCGCACUGCCCGCCGGCCUGCCUGUGCGCCAGCGACGUCCUCAGCUGCUCCAAGAGGGACCUGCUGACCGUGCCCCACCACCUGCCCCGCUACACGGCCCUGCUGGACCUGAGCCACAACAACCUGACCCGCCUCCGGGCCGAGUGGACGCCGCACCGGCUGAGCCGCCUGCACACGCUGCUGCUCGGCCACAACCACCUGUUCUUCAUCUCCACCGAGGCCUUCGCCCCCGUGCCCGGCCUGCGCCACCUGGACCUGUCCUCCAACCGGCUCCGGGCCUUGGACGAGUUCCUCUUCAGCGAGCUGCGGCGGCUGGAGGUGCUGCUGCUGUACGACAACCACAUCGCCGAAGUGGACCGCAGCGCCUUCGACGGCAUGGCCGGCCUGCAGAGGCUCUACCUCAGCCGCAACCAGAUCUCCCGCUUCCCCCUGGAACUGAUCAAGGAGGGGGCCAAGCCGCCCGAGCUCAGCCUCCUGGACUUGUCCUCCAACAACCUGAAGAGCCUGCCGGUGUCCGAGCUGUGGCUGCUGCCGGCCUGGCUGAGGAACGGCCUCUACCUGCACGGCAACCCCCUGGUCUGCGACUGUGAGAUCUACAGACUGUUCAAGCACUGGGAGCUGAGGGAGCUCAGCUCGGUGGUCGACUUCAGGGACGACCUGGGCUGCUCCCUCCUGGCGCCGCCCCCCAAGAAGGUCAUCAACGUCUUCAGCCUGGGCGGCCCCGACCUCCUCAACUGCAGCGACUUCAAGGAGUGCGCCGUGGAGGCCUACCUGGGCGACACGCUGGUCAUCGGCUGCGACACCAAGCAGCGGGGGGUCACCAAGGAGUGGGUGACCCCGGGCCACGAGCGGGUGCCGGGCGAGGUGGCCAACGGCACGGCGGCCGUGCUGGCCAACGGCAGCCUGCAGAUCAAGCCGGUGAGGGCCGAGGAUCGGGGCACCUACACCUGCUACGCGGUGGGCGAGGCUUUCAACGAGACCCUCUACGUGGAGGUCACCGUGUACAAUUUCACCCAGCACAGACCCCACGACACCCUCAACACGGCCUACACCACCCUAGUGGGUUGUAUCCUCAGCGUCGUCCUGGUCCUCAUCUACCUGUACCUCACGCCCUGCCGCUGCUGGUGCCGGGGAGGGGAGAAGCCCGCCAGCCACCAAGGGGACAGCCUCAGCUCUUCCAUGCUCAGCACCACCCCGAACCACGAUCCCGGGGACGGGGACGGGGACGGGAAGGACGGCGGCGCCUUCGACCGGCGGGUGGCCUUCCUGGAGCCGGCGGGCCUCGGGCCGGGCCAGAACGGCAAGCUCAAACCCGGCAGCACGCUGCCCGUGCCGGAAGGCGUCAAGAGCCAGCGGAAGCUGUCGGACCCGGACUCCGUCAGCUCGGUCUUCUCCGACACGCCCAUCGUGGUGGGGUCCUUUAGGCAGCCUCAGGAAGGAGCCAAGAUUGGGCCUUUGUGGAGGGUUGUCCUCCGGGGUCUCUGGAGGAGGGGGAGACGGAGAUGGCAAAACACACUGCUGUGGACUGCUUCCCCUUGCUCCCCGUACCCUGCUGCUGCUCCAGAAAGACCAGAGCUUCCACCGGUGGAGAGCAAGAAGGCAGAGUAAGAACUGAACUAAACCCAGCUUGCCCCUUCCAGGCUCCACAUACCUCCGGCGGGAGCGUGCUCCUGGGACCCCCAGACUCAACCAAUGAUCCAGCAAGUCACUUCUCUGCUCCCAGCCUCUCCCGGCUGCAAAGUAUCGGCCUGCGCUCCUCACCCCCUUGGGGCCCUGCUCAAGGUUCUGAAGUGAAGCCGAUCCCCCCAGAGUCUCCGCCAGGCUUGCCCAGCUGGCCUGGGUCCUCCAAAGACUGGCAAAACACUCCCUGGAAGAGUCCCAGGCCCAGCCUCGAAGGCUCAAAAAAGUCCCGGGAUCUCCCUCCGCUUUAGCCGUUGAGCCCCACUGCUCUGUGGCUGGAAGCUUGCCAGGGAGCAACCCCUAUCCUGGCUUCUGACGGUUGACAGGUCAUCAGCGCUCUCCCCAGACAGGAAAUGGGUCUUUGGCGCCCCGUUUCCUGCUUGUCCCUUUGACUCCCAUGAAAGGAAGCAUAACGUUUAGGGCAGGAGGAGCCCGAGGACAGGGACUCCCAGGCGGCACUAAAACCCUCAUGGGUGCGUUUAAACCGAUUUGGUUGGGGCUGUAAAACCCUCAUGGGUGCGUUUAAACCGAUUUGGUUGGCACAGUUUCCGGAAAGGGGGUGGGAGAUGAGGGCCCGAGCUGGCCAAGCAGGUGGACUCUCUGUGAUUCGGAUUCUGAUCCUCAAUCCACCUCCUAGUCUUGCUGGCAAAGAGAAGGGGCCUCCCCAGCCCAGGCUCCCUCUUCUUCCACAUGUGUAAUCUACGCUGGCAACCCCCGGGACCCACCAGCUGCCCCUGCACCCAACCUUCUCUGUGCUCUGAAGCCUUGGUAUAGAUCAAUAAAUCUGUCUUGAGUCUCCA